CAAAGACAUUGCUUACUCUAGCUUAGAGUUCCAUAAACCGACAAAACCAAGAGUUAGGCAUACCAGGCCAUGGACAUCUUUGGCAAAGUCGAAUGGACGAAGCAACCAUCGAGGCACUACUCACUCUAAUGGUCACAAGAUGACUAUGAACAGAGAGUAAAUCUGGCAAAGCUUGGAACACCCACCUUAUGGAGAUAUGGGAGGCAUUUCAAUCUUGUAAACAUCAACCCUAACCCUACAAAGGAACAGCUGAUUCAUGUGGUGCAGAGUCAUUUCCGCUCACAGACAUCGAGGCUCCGACGACGGCGGACUUGCAUGUUAUGCGCCAUCCUUUCACGCAUCUCAAUGCGGCAUGGAGGGCAUUUCCGUGCAUCUGUGCAACUCCAUGGGCAUUAAUGAAAAGAAAGAAUUUGCCAUCUGUUCACAAACGUUUCCCCGUUGGUGCACCAACUGGGCCCCGAACUGUUCCUCCAAUCACAAGGUUGAGAUCUGAACGGGUUAUAACUCGAUAACGAUAAUAAUAAUAAAAGGCAUUCCAGGGAGAGAGAGAGAGAGAGAGAGGCAGGGAGCGUCCCCGAGAAUCCCAAGCAAGAAGGUAGCCACCACCUCCCACCUCUUCGCUUUGCGUCGCGCCGCCCGUCCCACCUUCCCACCCUGCCCUCCGCCUGGCUCGGCGGCCGUCGAUCGGCCAUGCGGAUCCGAAAAUGCGCCAACCGGCUGCUGGGGACGACCCUGCCCGCCUGCUCUUCUUCUCCGCUGCCCGCUGCGCCGCCGCGGUCGUGGGGCACCGACGUCCCGGCUCCCGCCGCCGCUGCCGCUCUCCUCUGCGAGCUGAACCGCUCCCCCUGGGAUGAUCUGACGUGCCUCGAUCUCGUAGCUGCUUACGAUCAGGAAGAAGAGGAUGACGGGGGCAUUCUGGGAAGUGGCGUGAAAGCUAAAGUGGGAGAAGUGAGGGGUAUUCCGGGAAAUCGCAUCAAAUAUGAGUCCGCUGCUGUAGCUUGUGUCCCGAAGAGCUCCCCAGACCAUUGGGAAAUGGAGCGAAACGGAGACGUAGGUCCUCAUGCCGGAAAGCGAUGCUUUUCUGACAGCGAAGCACGCAUGAACUGGUCGCGGAAGAAGGAGACGGCCAAGACGAGGAGAAAGAAGAAAGACGACGUUGUCGAAGCCAGAGGAGGAGCUGCGGCCACGGAGGCCUGCUCGAGCUGCAAGAAGAGCGACGGCAAAGGUUGGCACUGUAAGCGGCGGGCGCAUCACCCACACUCGCUCUGCAACUACCAUCUCGCCCAGCUCCGCUCCUACAGCUGCAGCCAUGGCCAUGGCCAUGGCAAGGCCUCAGGGUCACCCAAGGAAAGCCACGGUGACGUCGGCCGUAGGAAGAAGAAGACCGAAGCAGCUGGAGCCGACUCUAGCUUCUACUAUUACUACUCCGGCUUCGGUCCCUGGCGAGGAAAGACGAGAGGCAGCAGCAGUGAUAACGGCGACGGGUGUAGUCAUCCGGCUGCCGAUGAGGAGGAGGUCGAGACCCCGAUGGCCGGCGAGGAUGAGGAGGACAGCGAGGACGAUGACCAUGAUAACAGUGGGAGGGAUGGAAAUGAUGGUAGGAAGGAGGGCAGGAGGAGCUACAGGAGGAAAGGGAGGAAGAGGAUGAAGGCGCGGUCUCUCAAGUCUUUGCUUUGAUGCAUGUCGUUGGUAGUUGUCGUCGUAACGUGCCGUGUUUCCUAAUCAUGGAUCUUUGCAUGCUUCGGACGUCGUAACGUGUACGUGGGCCGGGCUUGGGUGCAAUACGUCGACAUCUUUUCCUCACAAUUAUUUUUAGGUGAUUUACCUGAAAAAAUACUUUUUUUUGUGCUUUUCACUGCAGAAUAAUUAUAGGCUUUUUUGUUCAAACUCAAAAUAAUUAAUCGAAUUUUAUUUCUUG